UAAAAUAAAAGCAAUUAAAGUGCAAUUUGUCCACUCUUCUCUUUUCUCUGAGAAUUGUUAGGCAAAUCUUAAGUGCCCUUUCGGAGAUCUCAAGGGUCUUACCCCCUCGAUGUUUCCCAGGUUGUCUUAGCCUCUGUGUUUCCCCCUUCAAAAACUCUGACUCCUCCCACUUUCCAUUUCUCUCUCUCUUUUACAUGAAUACUCUUUCUCUUUCUGCCUUUGUUUUCGUGACUCAACAAAAUUGAAGAAACAGAGAGCUUAUUCAGCAGCGAGUUUUGGUAGAGAUGGCAACCUUUUCUUCAACGCAUUGUCCUUCAUAUUCUUAUCCGUCAUCUAUAAAGGGAGGGAAAAAUCAACGCUUGGCUUUCUCUUCUUCUUUUCCGAGAUUGUCUGUUCCAGCUGAAGCCAAGUUCUUUCUUCAAUCUCAAACAAGUUCCCAUCAAAAUGCUGUUCUCAUGCAAGAUGGUGCAGUGGCCACAAAAGUUAACCCGGUGGAAAAAGAAACUCCUCUCAAGAAAUUGAAAAAUGAAUUGUUGUCGGUUACAUCUUCAGAGGAAUGGGAUGAGAAAGGAUGUUUUGAUAUCAAUGAAAAUGAGUCAACUGUCAGUAUCACAGUGGUUGGGGCUUCUGGGGACCUUGCAAAAAAGAAGAUAUUUCCUGCACUUUUUGCACUCUACUACGAAGACUGUCUUCCUAAGCACUUUACCGUCUAUGGUUAUGCCAGGAGUAAGAUGACUGAUGCAGAACUUAGGAACAUGGUGAGCAAGACCCUGACCUGCAGAAUUGAUAAAAGGGAGAAUUGUGGUGAAAAGAUGGACCAAUUUCUUAAAAGAUGUUUCUACCACUCUGGUCAGUAUGAUUCUGAGGAAAAUUUUGCACAGCUAGACAAGAAGCUCAAGGAGCAUGAGGGUGGGAGGGUUUCUAAUCGCCUAUUUUAUUUAUCUAUCCCUCCAAAUAUUUUUAUCGAUGCUGUGAAAUGUGCAAGCUUGUCAGCUUCAUCUGGCAAUGGUUGGACCAGGGUCAUUGUUGAGAAACCUUUUGGUCGAGAUUCAGAAUCUUCUGCUGCACUGACAAGAGCCCUGAAGCAGUACCUUGCAGAGGAUCAAAUAUUCAGGAUAGACCACUAUCUAGGAAAGGAACUUGUGGAAAAUCUAUCUGUUCUCCGUUUCUCCAAUCUUAUUUUUGAGCCCUUGUGGUCAAGGCAGUAUAUUAGAAAUGUACAGUUGAUAUUCUCUGAAGAUUUUGGAACUGAAGGGCGUGGAGGGUAUUUUGAUCAUUAUGGAAUUAUUAGAGAUAUAAUGCAGAAUCAUCUGCUUCAAAUACUUGCUCUCUUUGCUAUGGAAACCCCCGUGAGUUUGGAUGCUGAGGAUAUAAGAAAUGAAAAGGUCAAGGUAUUGCGGUCAAUGAGGCCUUUACAACUUGAUGAUGUAGUUAUCGGACAGUACAAGAGCCACACUAAAGGAGGCAUAACUUACCCUGCCUACACUGAUGACAAUACUGUGCCCAAAGAUAGCUUGACUCCAACUUUUGCAGCAGCUGCUCUCUUCAUAGACAAUGCAAGAUGGGAUGGGGUGCCUUUUCUAAUGAAAGCAGGAAAGGCAUUACACAAUAAGAGGGCAGAGAUAAGGGUACAGUUCAGGCAUGUGCCUGGCAAUUUAUAUAACCGAAACUUUGGAACUGAUCUUGAUCGAGCUACAAAUGAGCUUGUCAUUCGAGUGCAGCCAGAUGAAGCUAUUUAUUUGAAGAUCAAUAACAAAGUCCCUGGGUUGGGAAUGAGAUUGGACCGCAGUAACCUAAAUCUUCAUUAUGCUGCGAGAUAUUCCAAAGAGAUCCCAGACGCAUAUGAGAGGCUUCUGCUGGAUGCGAUUGAAGGUGAGAGGAGGCUGUUUAUCCGAAGUGAUGAGCUGAAUGCUGCUUGGGCGCUCUUCACUCCUGUUUUGAAGGAGCUGGAAGAGAAAAAAAUUAUACCCGAGUACUAUCCCUAUGGAAGCCGUGGCCCUGUUGGGGCUCAUUAUCUUGCAGCGAGAUACAGUGUCCGGUGGGGUGAUCUUGGUGUAGAUCAGUGAGGGUUACCAGUUUUGCUAAAUCUAAAAAGCAUGAAAUUCCCAAGGAAAUGGGUUCCUCCUCUCCCCGCCUUUUUUUCCUUUUAAUAAAAAAAAAAAAUAUUGCCUUUGAAGGCAGAACCGAACGUUAUCGAUAAAGUGAAGAACAUAGAUGUGACUUGGAUAGAAGCGUGCGCACUGAGAUUAACCAAUGGUUUAUGUAAGUUGCUUGUGCUCACGACGUCUCUUUUAUUGUACGUCUGUAUUAAGGAAAAAUGAAAGACAAUUAAUGUCAUCGUAGUUGGGCAGUGUAGGGAUCAAUAACCCCUGCACGAUGCAUUUUCCAUUUACUAGGAGUAAUAUUUUGGGUGCGACAUUGAAGAGACUGAUGGACGAUAGAUUGUAUGUGCACUGUGUACCAUGUACACUAACGGUGCAACCAUUGAUUGAGGAGAAGGGAGAAAAAUGCUAUUCUAGAACUACAACCAAACCGAAAAGUUGUUGGAAACUUGGCCCUAAGAGUUGUAGUUAUUGGUUAGCCCCUAGUCGGGAUAAAACCUAACAGAAAAAAGGGAUUUCAUCUUUACAAUCGGCGGUGAAGGGGAAUAGUUUCGGAGGUUGUUGUGAAUGCUGGAGGAUGAGGCAUGGGGGGGCUGAUUUCGGGUACAGAUAAUUGUCUGUUUCCAUAACCGUAGAGGAAUAUCUAAUUCUGCUUUACAAUGAUAAAAAUAAAGAAAAAAAAAAGGCCACUCUCGAUCAUAUCAACUGCGAUGGCUUUUGUAAUUUUGUGCAAUACGCAUCUUCCUUAAAGCCAGCCAUCACAUGCCUCGUUUGUUAUUUUCUGGGGAGGGCUGCUUUCUUUCACAUUUCCUUUUGUUGAAAGGUUUUUUAACCACUUGCAUGAUGUGUGACCUUUGUGCUCUGCUACUCAAGUCUGACAAGAGGGAAUUUCUCCUAGGCCAAGGGGCAGAGCAUCCACCCCCUACACUCUGGAUUAUUGGUUCAAAUGACUUAAUUUUGCAAGACUAUGAUACUUUGUUUCUUUGCUUUUCUUGAUUUCUAUUCAACAGAAAAUUUUUGGCUUUUACUUUUUCGAAAUGUAAGAAACAAAAUAUCACUUUUACUUUUGAGAACAAAAACAAUUAAUUUUUUUUAA